UUGACUUGCACUUGUAGAGACCGGUGCGGCAUGACGUGUAAAGUGUAUGCACAUUUGGAGGUUGCCAAGUUGCCCAGCUUUGUCCUUCCAAUUCAUGUAGGUCGACCUGAGGAAACACAGUUUGGCACCCUGAAGCAGACAUUUCUGCAGGAGUUCCAACAGCGCUUCAGCGAUUCCAACGAUGCCAAUCUUGACUACGACAAGCUUUGCUUUUGGAAUCAAGAUGUGUGCCCGAUCCCAGAUCGAUCUUCGGUGGCUUCUUUCGCAUGGGAGCACAAUGACUUCUUUUUGCGACUCUUGCCGGAGAGUGCCGAUUUGGGUGCAUUGAAAGCAAGUAGGGAAAAACGUGGAGAACUCUCCUAUUAUUAUGCCCACAACCAUGACAGGGGAGCCUUUAUAUCCAAGCCGCAGGUGACUGUGCAGACCACGCCUGAACCUAUACACGUUCCAGUGGAAAACCAGACGAAGUUCAACCCAAAGCAAUCACCUUUUGGUACUGACAUUACGAAGUACGAGACGCUGGAUUCCUACACUUGGGAGGAUAGUGACAAAUUUGUGAAGGUGCUUGUGCCAAUGGACGGAGUCGGUAGACUGAACCCUGAACAAGUGCACUCUCGUUUUGGGGAUCGAUCCUUUGAACUCCUGGUUGAAGGCCUCAAUGGGAAAAAUAUUCGUUUUGCUUGCUACAAGACCCAUGGCGAAGUGAAUCCCUUGGAAUGCAAGCAUAUUGUCCGAGCAAACCGGGUGAACCUGAUCCUCCGCAAAGCAAAAGACACGGAUCAUUGGUUUGACCUUUUCAAAAAACGUGCCAUCGGAGAUGACGAUGACCCAUGAGCCACCUUGCAUGUCACUGAUGUUCAAACCGGUAGAGAGAAUCGAUAGAGAAUCAAUAGAGAAUCGGUAUUCAAGAUUGUUCCCCCGUGGGAAACAAGAUCUAAUCGCAGAGACAGACUUUGUGCAGCCUGUUUUCUCCAUGUCAGUGGAGAACGCUCAUGCCAAAGUGUGGGCAAGAGGACCAACAUGGGCCAACAAAAGCCCUGCAAAAACUUUGCAAGAGAAAUAUCAGGAGCAAAA